UUUUUGUAGCUAUUAGAAUUUUUAUUUAACUUAAACAAUUAAUUUAACAUUGUUAUUAGUUGGAUGUACUUUUUUAAAUAUUUAUUAUUAGUUUUAUUAUUUGUUCGAGAUAAUUUAUUGUUGUUAGUUUGAUAUGUGAGUAGAAAAAUGACCUUUUAUUGACGUUGUUAGAAUUAUAUAAGUUUUUUAAAAUGACAUAUCUUGGUAACGAACAUGGUAGCUUCAGUAUGUUAAAUGGAAUUGCUAUUAAAAUUUCAGAUAAGUUUUUAUCUCCACAAAAAAUUUUUCUCCCUCUGGAAUGGUCUAGCACUAAAACUGAACAUGCUCUUCAAAAUCUUCUUUCUUAUAAAUAUGAUUUUACUAAAGAAAGGUAUUCAGUUAGCCAAGCAAAUGAGGAACGCUUAAUGAAAGAGCACCAACUAAAUUUAAAGAAAGAAAAAGAAAUAUUGGAAUCUGAGAUUAGCGAAAGGAAUUUUAAAAUCAAUCAGAAAAAUGAUGUUAUAGAAAAUAAUGAAAAUAAAGAACAAAUACUUGUGCCUCAAGUUCUUUCAUUUAAAGACUCACAUGUUGCUCCUGUAAAUGUCACAAAAAAAAUUGAUUUUCAUGAGUUUGAAUCAGAAAAUAUAAACCCUUUUGAACUUGUUGAGUUACAAACGUUAAAUGAAAAAGAUGAACUACAAAGAGUUCUUGAUCCAAAAUCUAUAAAACCUAAAAAACAUAUUCCAACUGCAGAAAAGGAAGAUUUUAAUUUAAAUAUAUUUUCUGAAAAUAACUCUUUUAAUAAUAAAAAUGAAAAUUUACAUCCAAAUAUACAUGCAAUACCUUUUUCAAAUGCUCAUCUAACACCUUCAAAUACACAUCCAAUACAAUCUUCGAUGCUGUUGUGGAAAAGUGUUGAACAGCCAACACCUUUAAACAAUCAUUAUUCUAUUGUACAAAAUAAUUUACUAACAUAUACCUCGGUUAAUUCUUCGCCAUUUGGUGAAAUGCUUAUGAGUCCUGAAGAAGAAAAAACUAGUAGACUUAGAAACCAAUCGUUUGGUGCUCAAACAAAUAUUAACCACGAACUUGUUGAGAGUUGUCCAGAAACUUGUCAGAGCCAAAAUUCAGAAUUUUCAUUAAAACUUACACGUACCAAGUCUUUACCAAAUUUAAAUAACUCAAUAAAUGAUAAAAAUGUGCCUGAUUUAAAUGAAAAAGGUGAUAAUUUUUAUAAUAAAAGUUUUGAAAAUAUUAUUACAAGUAGUGUUGAUACUAAUCGAAUCCAUACUAUUAUGCAACAAUAUCAGUUUCAGAGGAUGUCUCAGGUACCACAAACUUGUCACAAUCAACCACUUCCACACGGACUCAACCAAUCACUGCCACCCGGACACAAUCAACCACUGCCUCAUGGACACAAUCAACCACUACCUCAUGGACACAACCAACCACUACCUCAUGGGUACAACCAUCCCCAACCAUUACCUAACGGAAUAAAAUUAGAUUAUUCUACAAAUUUUUCAGACACAAAUCCUUUUCGGAACGAAAAUCUGUUUAACAAUUUAAGUCCUCAUUAUACAAAAUCAAACCACGAAAUGUCAGGGUUUGCAGAGUUUCCAGAAGUUUGCUCCACAAAUUCAAAUGUUUAUACAUCAACGUCAACUAUAGGAAAUUAUCCUAGCAAAAAUUUUCCACUUUUCCAAGAUACAAAAAUUCCAGUUCAAAAUUCAUUUAGCUCUCAACCAAAAGCAAAUUCUAUACCAAAUAUUAUAAGACUUCCUUCGAUCUCAGCAGAUAAUUUAGUUAGCCAAGUUCAAAUGAGUUCAUCUGACCAACGCAUAAGGGUGAGCAAUUCUCAUUACCCUGUACUGCCUCAAAUAUCUCAAAAGCAAGACACCAAUCAAUCAUGGUUAAUCGAUGAAACACCAUUGUUAUCAACAAAUGAAAGAAAUUUUGCCUAUCAAAUUUCAGCAAUGGGUUUUUCUCUUCCUUGUGUUUCAAGAGCUAUAAGGCGCCUUGGUGUUGAUGAAAAAGAGGUGCUUGAUUUUAUGUGUCUUUAUGAGAAGACAAAAGAAAAUGGCUAUGAUCCAGAAAGUGUAGAGAUGGGAUUAGUAUAUUGUUCAAAUAAAACGGACAAGCUUCAUGAGUAUCUUGCACUUGUAGAAAACUUUAAAAAACUUGGAUUUCAGCCACGUGACAUUCAUAAUGCUGUGCUUGAGUUUUCUUUUGAUCAAGACAAAGUUCUUGACUACCUUACAAAAUAGAAGAUUAAACAAGCUUUUUGAUGUUAUAUAUAUAUAUAU